CAUGAGGUGCCGGAGUAUCAAAUAAUUCCUGCUGUUUGGGGGUUUUGCUUCGGCGACCGAUAUUUCAGUUGGAAGAAGAUUGAAAAAACAAAAAGAAAAAUGGAAGCACUCUCUCUCUUUCCUCUCUCAAUUCCUUCCCUCCACAGGCACCUUCAAUCCCCAUCAAAAACCCAUCUCUCCAGUCUCAUUUUCUCACCCAAACGCUCCCCAAUCAGGAUCUCUGCCACCCAUUUCUCCCCUCAAUCCGCCCUCCUUCGGAGCACCCCAAACGACUCCAACAACGAAUCUAUCUUCUUAGAUGAAGAUGGGAUCGUUGAUGACAUGGACGGUUAUCUCAACUACCUCUCCCUCGAGUACGAUUCUGUUUGGGACACCAAACCCUCAUGGUGUCAGCCAUGGACAAUAUCACUUACUGGAGUAAUGGUGAUUGCUUGUAGCUGGGAAAUCUUGCACUCAGUCAUAGUCACCACAGUUGUCCUCUCUCUGAUUUGCACAUGGUGGUAUAUUUUUUUGUAUGCUUACCCCAAGGCAUAUUCAGAUAUGAUUGCUGAGAGACGGAAGAAGGUGACCAGCGGCGCUGAGGACACAUUUGGUCUUACAAAGAGCCAAAACAGUUAAGAGCUUCUCCAAAUGAUACUAGUUUUGAGUUUCCUCUUUCUGUAAAUUACAGCACGCUCAAGGAUAUCCACAGGUGAUGUACAUUCUGAUUAUUUGUUGGAAAACCACUUGGGUUGAGAAUCAA